GGCAUCCGUGAUCUGAUGUGAGAUCCACGGAGAGACUAUGCCUAGCCCUUUAUUCCACCCCGAGAUUUUGGACCACGACAUGGUGAUCAGCAGCCAGCACAGCGGGGUCGGUCUGCCCCGGGAGACGGACCAGGAGUCCCGGGACGAGGACCACCAAGAGGCGCUCCGCUUCGCCCUGGACCAGCUGUCACUCAUGGCCCUGGACAAAGUGGACUGUGGGGGCGGACUGGCCGACUCCCUGGACGGGAACUCGGGUCCCAACUCCGAGGGCUGCAACGGCGUCGGCGGCUACAUGGACCUUCAGAUGCUGGAGCACGCCGGCGGGUCGCGGGACUCGCCCUCCUCCUGCUCCCCGUCCCCGGAGUACUACGGCUCGGGCGGGUACCACCUGGCCGGCUCGCACCCCAUGCUGCCCGGGGAACAAAGCUCCGUGCUCUGCAGCAGGAAGAGAAGCGUCAACAUGACCGAGUGUGUGCCGGUGCCCAGCUCCGAGCAUGUGGCGGAAAUAGUAGGAAGACAAGGUUGUAAGAUCAAGGCCUUGCGCGCCAAAACAAACACCUACAUCAAGACCCCAGUGAGGGGGGAGGAGCCUGUGUUCAUCGUGACGGGACGCAGGGAGGACGUGGAGAUGGCCAAACGGGAAAUCGUCUCUGCGGCCGAGCACUUCUCUAUGAUCCGGGCGUCCCGCUGCAAAGCCGGCGCACCCGGAGGGGGAGGGUCUCUUCCGGGACCACCACACCUUCCUGGACAGACCACCAUACAGGUGAGGGUUCCCUACAGAGUGGUUGGGUUAGUAGUCGGACCAAAGGGAGCAACCAUCAAGCGCAUCCAGCAGCAGACUCACACCUACAUCGUGACGCCCAGUCGAGAGAAGGACCCGGUGUUCGAGGUGACCGGGAUGCCUGAGAACGUGGACCGGGCGCGAGAGGAGAUCGAGACCCACAUCACCCUGAGGACCGGGACCUUCGUGGACCUGCAGGGAGACAACGACUUCCACUCCAACGGCACCGACGUCAGCCUGGAGGGCCUGGCCGGGGGGCUGCCCUCAGCUCUGUGGUCCAGGGCUAACAACCACCAUGCUGGCCCUCCCCCCACCACGUCCUCCCCUCCCGCCACUGCCCCCAUGUCCAUGCACCACUCCUCCAGCCGCAAGGUGUCCUCCUCCUCCACCUACCAAGCGCACAACGGGGGGAUGAACUCUGAAAGCUUCAGCUCCGCCCGGAAAGCCACCGAGGGAGGAAGUCCCACCAGCCCCUUCAGCACGGGCUCCAGCAGCACGGGAGGAGGGUUCACGUUCGGGGGGGACUCCACCCCGGGGCUGCCCUCCUCAGAUGAACUGGGCUUUGAGUUCAGUGCUGCCAACAUCUGGGCUCCUUUUGCUAACGGUGGAACAGGCAAUAAGACGACCGGCUCCUCCCAGCAGCAGCAGCCGCUACGACGCAACAGCAGUGGGCUCAGCGGCGGCGGCAUCACUCCCCGCGUGUCUCCCACGCUGCCUCAGGACGCAGGUGUGGGCCCCCUGGACCACCCGCUGGCCCGCCGGGCACAGAGCGACCCCCUCAGCACUCUCUCCUGGCUCCAGUCGGGCAGCGCAGGAGGCGGAUCCUUCUCCGGGGCAUCCAGCUCCAGCUCCGGGGGCUCGUCGACCGGUUACUCCUCCUGCUCGGCCUCCUCCCUGCCCGGCGGCUCUCCCACCGACUCCGAGGGCGGCGGCAGCGGCGUGGGCCUCAGCUCCGGGAUCCUGAGUCGGCUGAAAGGCGGCUCCGGGGGGGCGGGCCUGGUGGCCGUCGGCCCCGGGGCCAACAGGGACUGCUUUGUGUGUUUCGAGAGCGAGGUGACGGCCGCCCUGGUGCCCUGCGGCCACAACCUGUUCUGCAUGGAGUGUGCCGGGCAAAUCUGCCAGUCCAGUGAGCCGGAGUGCCCCGUCUGCCACAUUGCCACCACACAGUGCAUCCGCAUCUUCUCCUAA